UUAAAGUGGAUCUGUGAACAGCUAGAAUGAAAUGGGAGAAGUUUAAGCCUCCAGAGCCAGAUGAUGCCAUGUGCUGUUUUGAAUGUGAUUUGGACCCACAUGGAUGCUUCUGUGACUGUGAUGACCUGGAUGAAGCUUGCAGCAGGUGGCUGAAGGGUGAGCCUCAGAAACCUGACUGUGCGUUGCCUGUGUUUGGUGCAGUGAUGGACCGGCUGAGGUUGAGACUGUUAUCAGGGGACAGGCGGGUGGAGAUCUCCAUGGUCCCAGCUUUAGUGCUGCUUCCCAUGCUACUGCGGCUGGCAGCCCUGCACUUCCUGCUGGGCCUGGUCAUUCUGACAGCCCUGCCUGGCCUGGUGCUGUGGUACUACUACGCCACACACCGGAAGAAGGGCCGCACCCUCUUUUUCCUCAGCCUGGCGCUCUUCUCCCUAGCCUACAUGUACUUCCUCUUCAUCACAGAGAUCCUACCUCGUGGGGACGUAAGUCAUCAACAGCUGGUGACCGUGACAACGGGUGUGGUUCUGACUCUUAUCUCUCUUGUGCGCACCAAGAGGGGGCCAGGCUUCGUGCAGCCUUCCCUGGCUGACACACACAGCACCAGUACCAAUCAUUGCCAACUGCCUGACAAAGACUCUGCCUCUCAGAAGGGAGUGGACCAGUCGGUGUUGCCUGCCAGACCAGUGGAACAGCAGACACAGUCCCUGACAGCGAAGGGGGGCAGGUGUCCUCUGUGCAAAGUGGUGCGUCCCCCUCGGGCGGGACAUUGCCGGAUCUGUGGAGGCUGUGUCCAGCGCCUGGACCACCACUGUAUCUGGAUUAACAGCUGUGUGGGCCAGGCUAAUCAUCGCAGCUUUCUGCUGACCCUGCUCCUCUUUCUGUUGACCUCUCUGCAUGGGGUCAGUCUGGUGCUGCGCAGCGUGUGUCCCCAACAGAACCUGCUUACCGCCCUAUUCUACUGCCCUGGUGUCUACAGUCAGUACAGCUCAGCCCUGUGCUUCACCUGUGCCUGGUACAGCAGUAUUGUCACAGCAGGCCUGCUAAACCUGCUGGUGCUGCAACUUAUCAAUAUCAGCUACAAUGUGACAGAACGGGAAGCACAACUUGCACUGCGGAGGAAAAAUGGCCAGAGUCGUCCGUGUGGCCUCGUUGUCGACACAGGGGUCUACUCACGUGGCUUCUGCCAGAACUGGGCUGAAUUCCUGGCAAUGAGAGAGCCUGUCGAUAGACCAUCCUCCGUCCUCACUGACUUGGUUUAGCCUUGGCUUAACACCAUGCCACUGCCUAAGCAGGUCAACAUUGCUGGGUUUCAACUGUGUGGCUUUAGGGACUGUGAGCUGCUCUGGAUCUCUAGGUAUUGCAACUCAGAGGUGUUAAUUUUGAAUUGUUAUAUACCUCUACAUUCCAAACACUCCAGGUAAAGAAAAUAACCAUGAUCCUCCAAGUUGUCAUGGAUCUGACACUCUUAAUAAUACUAGUAAAUAUACACUGCUCAAAAAAUAGGGAACACUAAAAUAACACAUCCUAGAUCUGAAUGAAUGAAAUAUUCU